AUGGUAUGGCGAUGUUGCAGAGGAGAAAAUAUUACCACUAGGUGGAUGAACUAAACUAAAUCUGUAAAAGAAAAACUUUUUCAGGAGGCCGUCUUGACUGUUACAACCGUAGAGCCAGAAUAUCGUCGCCGUGUAGGAGGACAUCAUCCGUUGAACUUGGACUUCUAGGACUUUCAAAGGCGCAAGCUCAUUUUAAUUCACAACAAAUUUUUAAAUUUAAGAGGAAAAAAAUUGGAUUUUCAGGUCGACAAUCUUCUGGCCAAGCACAAAAAGCGCCCUCAUCAUGCGGCUUUCCUUUGUUACCGGAGGUUUAUCCAUGAAUUAUGACGUUUUUGACGUAUAUAUAUUUUUAGGGACAAUUUGCUUCACUGUGAAGUCGACAGCACACACGAUUGAUGCCAAUGCGACGAAGCCACUACAUUUGGAGCCGUUGGAUUUGAAAAGGCUACAACAGAAAUGCCUCAAGGAUUAUUUGAGAGAUAUCGCUGAUGCGGAAAAGGUUGGUAGUUUCGGUGUUUUUCGAAUUUUAUUUUAUAUAUAACGGUUAGAUUCAGGAAUAUUGAUUCAUUUUGACUUUUUUUCUGAAUUUUCCUGUCCUUAAGUUUAUACUUUUUUUCGAAUAGUCGAAGAUUUUCUGCUGUUAUAGGUUUCAAAUCCAAAAAUAGUUCAAAAAAUGUUUCUCUCUUUCUUUCCCUUCGAAAAUUUCAGCUUAAUCACACUUGAACGGUCGGAGAAUAUUAAAAUUGUGAAAUACAAUUUUCUUUAAAAUUUUGGCUCAUCAGCCUAAUAAAUAUGUAUAGAUCGGUUUUUUAGUAGUUUCACGGCGUUCUUUUGACGACGCCCCUCCCACAAUUUCCGUAAUAUUUGACGUCUUUGGUGCAUACACAGAACGACGCUAACUCGCAUACUCAUUAAAUUCGAAAAAUAAUUUUUUUCCUCGAAAAAAAUAGCGUUUUUUUCAAAACUACAGACGUGAAAAAAAUCGAUCCUUUCACAAUUCCUUUUCUAGUUGACAAAAAAACAUUUGGGUGAAAGUUUUUUUCUUCUUUUUCUAAACACUUUUAUACCUUUCACCCUCAAAAAUUAGUUAUAGUCCUUUUUUUCAGUGAAAAAAACGUGAAAUUUUUGUGCCGAAAAAUGACUUAUUGUGGUUCUAUGUGUCUUUCCCCACUUAUUAAAAAUUUAAAAAAAGUUUUCUUCACAGAUUUAGUUUAGUUCAUCCACCUAGUGGUAAUAUUUUCUCCUCUGCAACAUCGCCAUACCAUUCUGAUGUUGCGAAAAAUAAAGAGAUUGAUUGAUUCGAAAUAAAAAAAUUUAAUUUGACACUGAAAAAUGUUGCUGAAAGGCUUUUUUGCUUUAAAGGGAAAAAUUUUGUCAAAACCCAGCAGUUAAUAUUGAAAAAUUGAAAAAAAGUUCCUUCGCAUUUUGCUGUCGCAAUAAAAAAAUAAUUACCGUAAAUCAGAACAAAACAGAUAAAGAUACAACUGAAAUAAACAUGAAAAAUCACCUGAAGCACUUGAGCAACAAGAAAUUCAAAUGUUCGCGCGCAAGCUGUCUACCGUAAAUCUAGGUGGAGCAGCCUUUCAAAGCCGCUCCGCAUUUUCAAAAUUUUUACAUUUUCUUCCACUACGCAGAACGCCGUGGUUUCACUUAGUUUGGUUCUUAAAAAUGGGUUAAAUAUGUGAAUCUUUAAAUCUUUGUAGUCAAAUGAUAGAAAUUUGGUGCUUCAUGAAAAUUUUCAAGCUUUCAAACUCAGCUACUUUUUAUUUUUAUAGGUCGGACUUUGUGUUGCAUAUACCUGCCUCAUCAUCUGAAACCUUCGAAUUCCAGGUCAAAUACAUCGUCAACGCCAAUCUGGAAGUCGUCCGGAUCAGCGAAGUCCUGGCGCAGCUCGGCGAGUCUCAGGCCUCCAAUGGCACCGCCGAAAGUCGGGACAUCUCCAGUAACAUCACUCACGUCGGCGACAUCGACACCAUGCAGCAUAUCAGGUUUGAAAAUAAGAGAAUAGAAGAAAAAAACCAUUUUUUUUUUCCAGAUUCACAGCGAUGCGAAUAGCUGUCGUCACCUGUAAGGUCAAAGCCACCUUCCGCCGAUUUCGACCAGCUUGAUGACGAUCGCGACCGGUUCGACGUCUUUUGAUCAACUCCUACAAAAUCGAAUAUCUUUCAGAGGCUUGAGCGGUCGGAUCUUCACGUCACAGGAGGACGACUUCUUGCGCGAGCUCGUCCAGCUCGCCAACUACCACGGCAAGACCAAGCAGGACGUCCUGGACGCCUUGGACUACGUGCACGACACCAGGUUCACGGCGACGAGGAAGACGUCGUCGCUGUACGAUGGGUCCGCCGGGGGAGCGACUUCUUGCCUCGUCACGCCAGUUAUUUCGCCACGGCCGCCGAAGGUGAGUAGACGGAUGGAUUUAUGACGUCAUUCCAGAAAAUUGUGUUGGGUAUGACGUCAUGCGUUUCCUUUUUAGGGCUUCUGGUAGAUUUUGAACGAAAUUUAAAACUGAAAUUCCCGGUCUUUUCAUGUUUCUUGGCUUCAUUCCAACUUCGAGUUGUUUCAAAAUAUCGAAUUAUACCUUUUCAGUUCCAGCCGCCAUCACAGUUACCUUCGCCCAACUCCGCGACUCCGCCCCUCUCCUACAGUAAUCUCUACGAUCACCCCAACACCUUCGAGUACUAA